UAGGCGAGACAUUUUCAGUCUCAUAUUUCGAUACGUUUUAACCAAAAUUCAAUCCGGAAUUGUUUCAUAUUUUGAGCCUUUGGCCACAGAAACUCCAACUCCAAGCGAAAUUCGAAUUUUCCACAACAAAAAGAAGUAAAAAAAAAAUACAUAUAUAUGAAGAGAGAUGUGCAAUCGUACGCGUUGGGGACGCAUCGAUCCCAGUGUUCAGGUCGAUUUGGUGCAGGGUCCCGCUGAUCGUGUGCUCCAGCUGGACCAUCGAACGCUGCCGAGUUAUGUGGAACAGCAGCUGCUGUUGAUGGCGUCACCAUCGCCGUUUCUCAAUUUCCUGAACAAGUUUCGGCUGGACGAGAUUUUGAUCAAUCAUCAGCUGAAAGGCGUCUACACGAUGCGCACCUCGGCGACGGUCACCGAAGUGGCCACGCACGCCUGGCGCAUCAUGAGCAUGCCCGAUCGUCAGCCGUACAUACAGCUGGCCCGCAAGGCCCAGCAGAUACAACAGGCGCGCGUGCUCCACUUUCUGGGCAACAAUUGCCGCCGGCCCGCGAAGCCCUCCUAGUUCCAAGUUUCAAGUUUUUCAUGUCGUUCCAUUCUGUUUACUUGACUUGUCACUUGCCCAAUUGAUCAGCGGAAAAAGAAAUACAACAAAUUAUUGAUUGAUCCCUCAUUCCUAA